AUGGUCAGCCAUGGUUAUGUUUUGGAUCUUUUUACUUCUACCCUUGACCAGGUUGGAGUUGCAGAAAUGAAGGUGAUUAUUGAAAGAACUGGUGGACUUGUUGUUUUAGCUGAAAGUUUUGGUCAUUCGAUUUUUAAAGAUUCAUUCAAACAUGUUUUUGAGAAAGGAGAAGAGUCUCUUGGUCUUGCUCAUAAUGGCACACUUAAAAUUACAUGUUCAAAGGAUAUCAAGAUUCAAGGGAUCAUAGGACCUUGCACAUCUUUGGAUAAGAAAGGACCUGUUGUUGCAAACACAAUGAUAGGUCAAUGGAACACCACAUCAUGGAAGUUAUGUGGACUUGAUAAAGACACUUAUUUGACUGUUUUCUUUGAUAUAUCAUCAAGUGAUAAAGAUCCUUCAGGAAAUGUAAAUCCUAAAGUUGUAUAUACAAACCACCACAAGAUACCAGAAAGAUGGGUAGAGAGUGUUGUUGUUUCAAAGGAAUUAGGACGUCCAAAACCAUCUAAGGUAAAGUUGAUGGAAGAAAGGAAUAUGAAGCCACUUGAUUCAAAUCUUGCAGCAUUAUCAGCAAGAUGCAGUAAAGACUUGGAGUUGAAUUAG